UCGGCUUGCAGUACAGCGGACUCACAACCGCACCAUACAGACUGCGAGUCAAAUAAACAGUCGUUUUCAGGAUUAUUUCCGCACACAGCACUUCACAUUCUGGGAAAACGCAAAGAAACAAAGUGCGCUGUGGAGUAGUCUGAAGAGAGAGAGAGAAAGAGAGAGAGAGGAAAAGCAACACGUAUCCGGUGGGAUUGGGCUCCUGAGUGGGUGAGAGAGAGAGAGAGAGAGAGAGAGAGAGAGAGUUACUCAGUAGAAGAGAUUUGUUCGCUUUGCUGCACGAAGCCUCGCGUUUGUCCUGGGAAUUAUGAGGAACCUUUGGAUGAUAUUGACCCUCUGCUUGACGGUCUUUCUUUCUGGGGAAAGGAUAUUGGUCACGGCUGCAAAGUCUCCAUCCCCCACAGAUGAUCUGUACCUCGAGGACGAGGGGUCUGGAGGAUACCCCGAAGAUGACGACGAUUUCAGCUCUGGGUCAGGCUCAGGUGCUGGUGAGGAAAAGGAGGUGAUGGUUACAGCAAACACACUAUUCAUAGCACCCAAAGCAAAGCCUACGCAGGACACCACCAAAGACUUCACACCCAGAGCGGAGACUUUCACAGCCCGGAACUGGGACCAAACAAGAGAACUGCCUAGACAGCCUGUCAGGACAGAGCCCCCGGUUCUUGUCACGGAGGAUUUGCGCAGAAAUUCAGUCGCCGGCACCACCAGCUCUCCUUCUUCCCCCAUAGUGCCCUACGAAGUGCACUCAGAAAACCUCUUCCAGAGGACAGAGGUUCUGGCAGCCGUCAUCGCAGGCGGAGUUAUUGGAUUCCUCUUUGCCAUCUUCCUCAUCCUCCUUUUGGUGUACCGCAUGAGGAAGAAGGACGAAGGCAGCUACGAUCUUGGUGAGAGGAAAACCUCCGGAGCAGUGUAUCAGAAGGCUCCUACCAAGGAGUUUUACGCAUAGACUCCCUUUCCACAACUGUCUCGUAAGCUAAACUUCAUCAGUGACGGCAACGACGGUCCCAUAUCGCUGACGACGACAAACACGUUCAAGUAAAGAUCAAAACUAAGACAGCAACCGAGGAACACAAGUAACAUAAAGAAAGCUUUCAUGUAGAGUAUUGUAAUUCAGACCUUUCUUUCUUUUUUUUUAAUAAAAAAAAAAACAAAAACAAGCAAUUAUGGUAAAUCUCAGUGUAUUUAAACUUAUAUUGUGUAUUAUUUGAAAAGGCUGAAAAGACAAAAAACAAAAAAACAAAAACACCACCAUACAAUCUGUAAAGGUGAGGAGUUUUCAUCUGUCUUCUGUCAAAGGAGCUGUUUUUAGUCGCUGACUACUUUUUAAUUCUAGCAGUAUGUAUUUGUAAAGAAAACAAAAUUUAAGUGGAAACAAUUUGAAUAGAAUUGUUCUGUAUCAGGCCUGCUUUCUUUUUCAGCAUUAUUUUGUCCUAGCAUGUGUAAUGUUGAUGUUAAAGGUGUAUUUCAUUAACUUAUCUUUUUCCUCUGGUGUUUAAAAAUGCCUUUCCUUGCUUUUCAUGGAGCUGUUUUUGUCUCUGGAUUGACCUUUAUCCUUCAGUGUAAAUGUUCACCCUGUUUUUUUUUUUACUUUUUUUUUUUUUCUCUCUCUCUUCUUUUUUUGUUUUUUCCUUCCAUUUCUUCUUAGCCCUCAUGCCCACAUGAUCAAUUGUCGAUUGAUUGAUAUAUAUAUAUAUAUAUAUUUUUCCAUUUUGGUGUAGCUCUAGCUUCAUAUGUAAUAUCGCUUGUGUUUCGGUCAGUAAUUGGACAUAAAGGUGGUAGGUGACAGGACAUGUGUAGAGCAAAAUCUACCCACAUAUAACUUUAUUAUUUACUUUAAUUUCAUCCCAUUUGGUACGUGUAGAUGCAGAGUUUGAGUAAAAAAAAAACCCUCAUUUUUCCUCCUCGCGACACUGCAUGGUAGUCAGACGCUCAUUUCAAUUUAGUUUAUUAUGACUUCCAUCUGUAAUGCCUGGAUCCACUAUGAAUUUUCCUCGGAAUCCAUUCCAGUGGGAACCGGUUGUUUUUGGCACUGACAUCAGUCGUAUCUGUGUGUCUAUAUUAGUGAUUAGAAGGAAGUGAUGUUUCUGGUGUUUCAGAAAAUCCUAUUUAAACAUGGUGCGUUUCUGCAUAUGCUGACGGUCUUUGGCUUGCGCUUAGGCUGAACGGUUGAGUCUGCUCCCCCUGAUUUGUUUGUUCCUCUCUCUUGGGUGUGAUGCCUUUGGCUUUUGACCCUGCUUAGCUGUCCUCCAGAGACACGGGUGGCUUUUUGCCAAUGUUUUGAUGCUUCUGAUAAUAGCGUGCAUUUUUGCCUCAAGGGCAAUCCACACGAAACAGUUUUGAUCUAAUCAGGUCCCUUUUGUGUUAGGAGCUAUACUUAGAAGUGGAGAACUGCUCCUAAUAACGAUCUGGUGCUCAUCUAAAAUGAUAAUGAGUCCAGGAAGUUCCUUCUCAGUGUUUUUUUUUUUUUUUUUUUUCUUUUCUUUUCUCCCCCCUCUGGAAGUCUGUAUGAGUUCGGCAGGUCACGAAGUCGUACUGAGAAGGAGAACAGGACGAAGAGGCCCCUGUUUCCGAACACGUCACACACUGCAUACUGAACUCCACACGUUCAUGAGUUUCGCUUCCUGUUGCCAACUGUUCAUAGUGAUAACCCCUCUGACAUGAUCCACCUUAGCUGGACAUGAAUACAGAAAGUUACUGCAAAAAAGAAAUCAAGGAUUCUUCUAUUGUGGUAUCAUAUUCCCUUGGCCAGCUUUGAGUUUUCACAUUUUUAUUGAGACUUUAUUAUUUUUAAAAAAAAUUUUGUUAUCCUUUAGACAUUUUAAAGACGAGUCCAAAUGCUUAUUCGCAUAUAAAAAACUAUAUAGAAUAAAAUAUAUAAAUGUAUAUUCACAAAAUGUUUUAAACCUUCAAAGUGCCUAUCAUUUGGAAAUGUGCUUGUGUGUGUAUCGGCUGAAGGCAGUGUGUGUACAUCAGAGUGGCCAGAGCAACUGGUAGCGUGUAAGCACAGCUGACUGUAAUGGUAACCUUUUUUAGUCUUACAAAAUGCAGACAGUAUUGUAAGUUGAAACAACACUACUGAAUAAACAUUGUGGCCUAA